AUGUCCAAGACGGAGUACCCCCCUCAGGCUCAGCAGCCGAUGUCCAUCGCGCAAGUGGGCGAGCAGUAUCAGGCCGAAUUGUUUGCAAAGUGCGCGCAGGGGUCGCACGUCGUGAAGAAGCAUUACGGAACGUGUGGCAUCGUCUGGGCCAUCGUUUGUUUCCCUUUGGGCUUGAUCUGCCUCUGUCGGGACAGGGAAAAGCGCUGCGUGCGCUGCAAUGUCAGGAUCGAUUAG